UUAAAAAAUGUAGAUGACUUUGUUAAUCCGAGGUCUUCCGAUGCCUGCGCAUUCAUCCUGACAUUAUAACUAAGGCUCGGAUUUAUUUAGGUUCAGCACACUUUGAGGGAUCACCUUUAAGGUUAACGUGUUGGAUACAACACUUAUUUAUCCUAUUUCACUUCGGAAAAGCUCUUUGAUUUGCGAGAGACGCUGUAUCUUCUUCAGUGAAAACAUUACAGCUUACUUCGGGAGGUUAAUACGGUUGUGAUGGAUCUAAUUUUCUGUGUUCCUACGCAGCAGCUGAACAAAUUCUGAUUGUUAAACUUCCCCACAUUUUCUAAACUAAUAGGUUUCCGAAGGUUGGCUAGCCGAGCGUAGUGACAUCCCGAAUGACAGAACGAUUUCUGUUAAAUAGAUGGACCGACUUUUAUUCGCUGGGAAACGGAAGUGUCUAGAGAGAUCACACAUGUGAGCAGUUCACGCUUGCAUUCAUCGGAAUUGAAGCGUAACUGUCUCUGACCGUUUGGUCCCCACGUAAUUCAGGCUCGACAGGCUACUUCAUUGUGUGUUGGGCAGGAGAGGAAGUUGCGAGAACGCCCUUACUUCUUUGCACCAAAUUAUCCUGUUCAUACUCGUUCACAAGCCCCUCUCAGUAACACCGCCCCCUGCGGUGUGGUUGUAUCUCUUGAGACCAAAUUGCGAUGUAAUUAUCAGCCCCCUCGACAGCAGCCGUCGUCCGUAUUCAUUUCACAGCAUUUGGACCUUGAUUGGGCAGACGCAAUUAUGAAGUUUGUGCAAUGCUCAUUGGUGCACAAGAGUCGUCGUGUAAGAACCUAAUUGAUGAGGGGUUGGAAUGGGGCCCAACAGGAAGUUGCGGAGGCCACCGAAAUGGCAAGAUGAAAUGGCGGAGGUGCGGGAAUUGUUCAAACGAGUGGACCGGGUUCGGCAAGGUGGGUUCACGGGGUUCAGUACGUGGGAGAGCCCUCCUCCUUCGGCAUCCACCUUGAGUCGGAAUAGAUUGCGGCGGCACCGAGCUCUGUGUUCCAUGGAGCUCUCGCACCUCAACUUCAAAGAAGCUCCAUUCGAAGCUUUGAAUCACUUGCAAAACAUUCGGGGAAUGUGCACCCGCAUUCAACGCCAGGACUAUCCAAUGGCACAAAAGAAGAAAGAUGUGGAUCUUGUUCAUCAACCACCAUUGUUACGAAAGUUGGAACCCACUAAAAAAACUCAAAAGAGCAGAAACCUAAAACCCCCAUUUGAUGUAGGAAGAUCAUGUUCAGCUUCAGGUUGCCCACAAGUGGGAGCAAGGCAAGGCAAGCCCAUGGCCGUGGAGUACGGCACGUAUGGCCAAGUGGAGGCGAGUACGAGCUCCGUGCAGGAGGAAGGGCAUAGGCCCCUCAGCGCCACCAAAUCCUGCUCACGAAGCAGCACUGACACCGGGAAGCAUCAUCGCAUUCCUGGUGAUCCUGGACGAUGCCACUCCAAGUGCUGCUGCUAUGCUCCCACGAUGUGCGGAUCAUGGGAUGGCUCUGAGCACCCCCCUCCCUGCAGCAGCAUGAAGGAGAAGGACUCACUGUUUCCUACAACUAGCAGCAUGUGGUGUCACACCCGCGACAAGGAAGUUAUCACCACCUCGACCACCUCCACCUCCACCUUCUCCUCCAGCAGCGUCGACUAUUCCACCUCCACUCGUUGCAAGUCCUCCGGGAGCUGCCACACUUCCUCUCCCCUGGUCCACUCCGCCCUCCUUCAUGUCAAACUCGCAAAAGAGCAAGAGAAAGAGAAGCCAAGCUCCAGACGACCAAUCUUUGAUUACAGCAGCCAUGUGAGAAACUCCUCCAUCGGAUCCUGGCAGGAGUCCUCUUGCCCCGUUUCUCCUUCAAUGACCCCUCCGGUCGUUAAUUUAGUGUUCGACAGCCUGCUUCCGAAGCCCAGCCUGUGCUUCCCGGAUCCUCACGAGACCACACCAUCUCCUCUCACCGACUUGCAUCUAGAGACAGAGAGGAUCGGUGAUACUAAGAUCAUCGAGGAGCUGGAGGAGGAUACCAUUGUCAGACAGGUUGCAAUCGCAGCCGCUGAUAGCCCAAACGUGCUCAUCAAGCACUCUUCGGAUCCCUACAAUGAUUUCCAUUUGUCGAUGGUUAGCAUGAUUGAAGAAGAAGGUUUGCAGGAAUGUGAAGCGGAAUUAGAGGAGCUGUUCCAAUACUACUUGGACUUGAAUCCCAAAGGGCACCAUGAAGUGCUUCACAAAGUCAUUGGAGACAUCCGAACCGAUUAUUUGCUCAAGCGCUCCAUCGAAUGACCCUCACCGGCUGCAAUCAAUCCCUAUACAUUGCGUGAAAAUUUUGCAGUAGUGCAUGAAGGGUUGAGAUUCUGGUUGCCCAUCAUGCCCAAGUUGUGUCCAGGUCGUGGGAGGCAUCGACUUGUUUUCGAUGCUUGACUGCUUGCUGUUCCGAUUUCAUUUGGAAUGGUAUGUUCGCUGGAGUAUUUUACAGGCAUGGGCACUAAUUAUGAAAAUAAAAAUGAAUAAGAUGGA